GUGCCUGAGGAUAUCCACGGCUGGGUCUACGCGGGUGCCGUAGCAUGUCCUAAGAAGGGGAUUGCUCGAGCCAGACUACUCUUGGAACACUAUGAGAGUCGACAUCCUGCUAGCAUUGAUCGUCAGCAAAAGACUUUGGCCAUAAUCGGUGAAGUCGCUGAUGCUGAUGUAACCUAA